AUGGGGCUGCGGGCCUGGCUGAGGACGCUGUGCUGCUGCUGCCGGUGCAAAUGCCUGGAAGACCCGGACCUGCCUGAGAAGGAGCCCCUGCUCAGUGACAACAAUCCCUACUCCUCUUUUGGAACAACUCUUGUAAGGGAUGAUGAGAAGAAUUUAUGGAGCAUUCCUCAUGAUGUAUCCCAUACAGAAGCAGAUGAUGAUAGGAUAUUGUAUAAUUUGAUUGUCAUUCGGAAUCAGCAGCCCAAAGAUUCAGAGGAAUGGCAAAAACUCAACUACGAUAUCUACACUUUACGGAGAACUCGAAGAGAAGUGAGAAACAGAUGGAAACGCAUUUUGGAAGAUUUAGGCUUUCAGAAGGAAGCAGAUUCCUUGUUAUCAGUGACUAAACUCAGCACCAUCAGUGACUCUCAAAAUACGAGGAAAGCACGAGAGAUAUUGUUAAAACUUGCUGAAGAGACAAAUAUUUUUCCAACAAAUUGGGAGCUCUCAGAGAGGUACCUCUUUGUGGUGGAUCGUCUUAUUAUUCUUGAUGCUGCAGAAGAGUUUUUUAAAAUGGCCAGCCUCAUUUAUCCCAAAAAACCUGGACUGACCUACUUGGCCGAUGGCCAUAAGGAAUCACCUUAUCUUCCGUUUCCAAGUCCCUAAAGAGAUGAACCUGGAACAGAACUUGAAUUUUUCCCUGGGGAAUCAGGGCAACCAGCCAAAGUACCAUGGAUUUUCUUUGGAGAAUUACAAGUAGGAAGGAGACGAAGGGAGAGAAUUAGAAAAAUAUCUGUGGUGUGAUUAAUUCACUUAUCUGUGUGCAGAAGGAUGUGGAACCCUGCUCAGCUCUAAGAAAGAACUAAAACUAGCCCUAGUAUGGAUCUUGUUCUAGGAGAUGUUAAAGAUUGUAAUCCUUAGUUAGGGGACUCACUUUAUGUGUUGAACUCAUCAGGGAGAUCUCAUAGUCUCAGUUCUUCCUUUGGAGAACUUCAAACUCUGCUGAAUUAAAAAUAAAUGCAUCCUAUAUGCAAAGUACAGUUUUAGGCUCUGGUAGAGACAAAGAUGAAUAAGACUUAGGUUCUGCCCUCAGAUAGCUCACAGUCUAGUGGGGGAUGGGCAAUAGACCAAGUAAAUGAAUCUUAGUUGAUAGGAAGCUGCUGGUUAAGCCAUAGCAGGAUGAACUAUUUUCAAAUAGUGUACAAUAAAAUCUGCUGAACCCAACAAUAAAUCUAAACCUAAUGUGGUUUAAUUUUUCUUUGGUCAUUCAGAAAAUAUUCCUCAUGGUGCCUCAAGACUAUAACUAGUUAACAUUACUUUUUUUACGCAGAAAGAAUGUUGAGCCAGUUAUUGAGAUGUAUAGAAAUACUGGUUUGGAAACAGGUUUCCAAAGUGAGGUCAGUCCAAAAGUGCUGCUUAGAGGAGUGAAUGGCCCAUCACUGGAGAUACUCAAAUAGAGUUAGGGAGUGUAUAAAGGGGAUUACUUUUUGGGUAGGAGCAGGAAUACAUUAACUUUGAGGUUCCUUCCAACUCUGAUCUUCUAUCCUUCCCAAUUACUAGGUUGCUAGAAAGCUUGAGUUUACUGUUAGAGAGUUGAAAAAUCUGGGCCUUCCUUAUAUGUGAAUACAGAGAGAACAAUUUUUUGAAUUUAAUGAUAUCAGAUUACCUCAUUCUCCCCAUUAUCUAUAAAAGUCAGAAAGAUAACUAAUGAAAAGCCUUUUUAAAAAGCAAAUUUAAUCAUUUUGUUUCAUGUCCAAUAGAAUGUAAGCCCCAAGAAAGCAAAUAUGUAUGUUUUUUGUCUAGCAGAAACCAUAUCAGAGGUGCUUAAUAAAUCGUUGUUGCUAUCUGUCAAUUGAAAUAGA